AUGCUAGGACCUGUAUACACAUUCUUCGCAAUAUCACCGAAAGAAACGCAUUCUCCAAUUUCCAACUUAUUUGCUGCUGCCUCAAUUAGAGCACUGAAGCCCGGGGGCGGUCCAAAGCGCAAACGUCCUUCUAUACCACCGAACAUAAAGCGACAACUGAAAUGUGACUUCUUGUAUUUCCGAAGUAAUGAACAAGACAUCUUCUCACAAUUACACGAUUAA